UGGGUAUUACAUGAAUGAAUGAAAUCAAAACAAGUCCAUAACUCGCAAUUCAAACCUAAGCAUGAACUCAUCGAAGAACAGCUCCGCCGCCGGUAGCAUCGGCAGCAACAGAAUAAUAAACCCUAUAUACAAAUAUGCAUCACCGGCCAACGCCGCCGCUACCACCGCCGAUUCACCGGCCGAGGAUUUGAAACAAAAUCUCAAUCAAAGCAUAAAUUCAAUCGAAAAUACCCUAGGAAUUCUCCACCAGCUUUAUCUCACCGUUUCCUCUUACAAUGUUUCCUCUCAACUUCUCCUUAUUCAACGCCUGAAUAAUCUUGUGCUAGAGCUUGAUAAUAUGGCGAAAUUCGGAGAAAAAUGCAAUAUUCAAGUGCCUAUGGACGUCCUGAACUUGACUGAUAACGGGAAAAAUCCAGAUGAAUUUACGAGAGAUGUGUUAAACAAUUGCAUUGUCAAAAACCAAAUUACUAAGGGGAAAACAGAUGCAUUUAAUGGUUUGCGUCGGCAUCUACUGGAAGAGCUUGAACAGACUUUCCCUGACGAAGUGGAAGCUUAUAGGGAGAUUCGAGCAGCUUCAGCAGCAGGAGCGGAUGUAGCCUUUGGACUACGGAUUUAAUUGAAUCCAUAAUUUUCGAUACAAUGUAUGAAUUUGUAUGUAAAAAUUUAUCAAAUCUUUGCAAGUAUUAGGUAGGCGUUUGGACAUAAAAACUGUGAAAUUUCGAGAAAAAGUGAGAAAAAAGAAAA